AUGCCACCCGACGCCGCUGACCAUGACGGCGGCCAGUCGUCCCAUGACUGGCAAGAUGAUACUCAUUCGCCUUCAGCGAGCAUCAAGUCCGACAACGAAAUGGACGAUGAUGGUAGCGGGCAGCCCGGCGCGUCAUCACAACCGAUUCAAAAGCGACGACGAGUAACACGCGCCUGCGACGAAUGCCGACGGAAAAAAAUCAAAUGUGACGGCAAGCAGCCAUGUACACAUUGCUCUGUUUAUAGCUAUGAAUGCACAUACGAUAAACCUUCAAAUCGGAGAAGAAACCCAGCGCCACAAUAUAUCGAAGCCCUAGAGAGUCGACUGCAACGUGCGGAAUCUCUCCUGUCUAAAUUUAUGCCCGAUGUCGACUUGGCCGACCCGAAUCUCGAUCCAGCCAUUCAACAGGAAUUCCGUAAUCGCGAAACUGCACGUUCUCAAUCUUCCAAGUCUCGACAGCCUCCACCAAGUCAACCCGACCCAAACGACGCUCAUUUGACUUCCAUGAUAGAUUCAGUGGGCCAACUCGAUCUCGACGAAAAAGGAAGCUGGGACUUCCAUGGAAUCUCCUCUGGCGCUGUGUUUUUGAAACGCAUGAAGGAACACUUUCGAGGCAUGCUCGGUCCAACAUCAAAAACUCCCUUUUUACCUCGCGCUGAACGACCUGCUGGCCUCGAGUCACCUUCGCUAUCUUCUGUCGGAACACCCUUCUCAGCUGUUCCAAGUUACCCCGAACUUCCACCUAAGGAUGUUACCCGAAAGCUCUGUUAUUAUUCUCUCAGCUGCGCGACAUGCCUCGUCCGCAUCGUGCACGUUCCUACUUUUUACGAGCAGAUGGACAAAAUCUAUGAACUACCCUUGGACAACCUAUCGAAGGAAGAAACGCAAUAUCUUGGACUCCUCUUCUCUGUUAUGGCUCUUGGCUGCAUGUACAACAAUCUUGACGACAGCGGCCCCGGAAGUAUGGCAUAUCAAGACGCAACCGAGGAAGGGUUGAAAUAUUAUAAUGCAGCGCGAUCCGUAUUACACGAUAUGACAGAUUGCCGUGAUCUGAUAUCAUUACAAGCUCUAUUGUUUAUUAUUCUUUUUCUCCAAGCCACCUCGAAUCUCAGCAGCUGCUAUUCCUUCGUUGGUAUAGCCCUACGCUCGUCACUUCGAAUAGGUCUUCAUCGACAUCUGCAGCACGAAAAGAUGGACCCUAUCGAGCAGGAAGUCCGGAAACGCGUAUUUUAUGUGGUUCGACAGAUGGAUAUUUAUGUGUCCACGUUGCUCGGCUUUCCUCUCCUCCUCAAUGUGGAUGAUAUCGACCAACCGUUUCCGUUAGAAAUUGACGACGAGUUCAUCACACGCGGUGGUAUUUUGAGACCGCCUCCUGGAUCGCCAUCAUUUUUUCAAGCGUUUAACGCCCACUCAGAAUUGAUGGAAAUACUGUCGAAGGUCACGAAAUACGUAUAUCCAACCAAGGGAUUGGGGCAAACUGUUACCAAGGAUAAUAAGCCGGCCUCCACCUAUCUCAUCAGUUACGGCCGCAUCAAGGAAAUUGAAGCAGAGCUCCAUUCUUGGUUCGAAAGGCUGCCCCAGCACUGGCGCCCCAGUGGGGAGGGCCCAAUUGAGACGGUCAGGAUUCGCCAUUUGUUGAGAUUUGCCUACGCCCAUGUCCAGCUUGUGCUAUACCGACCAUUUCUGCAUUACGUUUCUCCUCGUUUGAGUCAAGGAACGAAAGUUGAUGAGCUCUCGUAUGCUUGUGCUGCAGCUGCUAUCAGCGUUUCUCGUAACAUUGUGCAUAUUGGUCUCGAGAUACGCAAACAGCGGGUGCUUAGUGGACCGUAUUGGUUUAUGUUGUACACCGAGUUUUUUGCGGUCCUUUCUCUCGUGUUUUACGCCACAGAAAAUCCCGAGAAGCCAGGUUCUGGAGAGGUUCUAGCAGAUGCUCGAGCAGGAAGGCAAAUGAUAGCAGCACUAGCGGAGAAAAGCAUGUCGGCUGAACGCGUCACAGGUGCUCUCAAAGCUCUCUUUGAUCAACUACCGGAGCAGCUGGAUGCUGGAGCCGUGCGACAAGUGCCGUCGAAGAAGAGAUCCGCUCCUACAGGACGACCCUCAUCCGUCUCAUCUCACCACACCCCUAUUCCUGCAAGUAUGUCGUCGAUUGGAACAGCCGACUUCACGCGCACCAGCCAAAUGUCGACGAGUUCGUACCCCACCACUUUGUCCCAAGGCACAAUGGAUAUGCAGGCAGGAGGUAUGGCAGCAUUCAACGACAAUACUUUCUCUGUCGACUUUGGCGGGUUCAUGUCUCCUGAGAUGCAACGGAGCACACCAGAAUCCACUAGCAGUGCUGCGACAAGUACUCAACGAUUUCCCUAUGCCGGACAGCAAAUGGGCAUGCACAAUCCUGUCAACAAGCUCGACUCACUUAUGUUUCCUUCUGAAGACCCUUUUGCUUAUCCCAACCAGCCUAUGAUGGAACUGGGAUAUCCCAGCAAGACAGACCAGCCUACCAACAUGAACGAUUCAAACCAGGAUAUGCAGCUCUUCCUGACUGGAACCUUUGAUGAUGUAGAGAGCCAAAUCUUCGGACAGCCGCCACCUUAUAUGGUGCAUCAACAGGGCCAGGCCAUGAUCAACCCUGCGGGACAACCCAUGUACGCCAAUCCAUCUGCGAUAAUGGGAAUGCCGCCCAGCCAACCGAUGAUGCAACAAAGGCGGCCAGUGUCACAAACGCAUGCGAUCCAUCAAGGACACUCGAUGUCAAGUCGACGAGCGAACACACAGCGGCACCAAGAAAGGCAAAUACAACAGAUGUUUACAGAACAGGGAAUGCAGGCGGAUUGGGGAGGCUUUUUUGGCUCAGGCAGAGGAGGAUUCCAAGGAAUGUAA